UGUCCGACUUUUGGAGGUGAACAGAGAAACAGGCAAAAUCUGACAUCCUUGUCUGAGUAUAUUCUGUUUACUGUAGUCCCUGAUGUUUCUUUCUUCUGUAUCAAAGAGGUACAAAGUUGGCUAACAUGGAGGCAACGCCGCGAGGAGUGGAAGAGAACAUGUCCGCUCUGACGGUCAACAGCGAGUCAUGCGAGAACCUGGAGUGCUACAUGGUCCUGCUGGAUGCGGAGAAGAUGGCCAUCGGCUCCAUCUGCUUCCUGGCGGGCCCCGUCACGCUGUUGGAGAACGCCCUCAUCCUGGGCGUGAUCGCCGCCACGGCCUCGCUGCGCCACCGGCCCUCCUACCUCUUCAUCGGCAACCUGGCCCUGGCCGACGUCUUCGCCAGCUGCUUCUUCACCACCAGCUUCCUGGACUUCCAUCUCUUCCGCCGCAGCGACGGCCCAACCGCCUACCUCUUUAAGCUGGGCGGCGUCACCAUGGCCUUCACCAACUCGGUGGGCAGCCUGCUGCUGACCGCCCUGGAUCGCUACCUGUGCAUCCACCGGCCCUGCGGCUACAAGGUGCUGCUGACGCGGCGCCGAGCCCUGCUGGGGCUGCUGGUGCUCUGGAGCGCCACCGUCUUUAUCUCGUCCUUACCGCUGAUGGGCUGGACGUGUCCUACUGGGCUGGCUUUGCCCUGCUCCCGCCUCUUUCCCUACAUCAGCCGGGGCUACCUAGCCUGUUGGACCGGCUUCAUUCUGGUCCUCCUGGCUCUCAUCCUGGGGGCUUACGUCCUCAUUCUGUGGAAAGCCCAUCGCCAUGAGGCCUCCAUGACCGUUCUCCAUGCAGGCCAUGCCCGCAUGAGGAUGGACAUCCGAUUGGCGCGCACUUUCGGCCUGAUCCUGCUCACGCUGGUGGGUUGCUGGCUCCCUGCGCUCUCCUUCAUGCUGGCCGACGUCGCCGUGGUGCUGACUCACACCCAGCAGAGGGCCUUCGCCUUCUGCAGCACCCUCUGCCUUCUAAACUCCGCCGUCAACCCCCUGCUGUACGCCCUGCGCUGCCGGGAGCUGAGACUGGCCCUGCUGCACCUGCUGGAGGUCCUUGGCGAGGCUGCCAAGUGUAAAAAGUCCAAUCCCAGACUUCCUCCCAGAGAGGACAACAACUGUGCUCGCCACUGUGACGUGGACCUGCCCAGAAGACCACACUUUUGCACGGUGUUGGAAAUGUUGGACAAGCAGUAG